AUGAGGCAGACGGUGCGUCUCGUCCCGGUGAUGAUGAUGACGGUAUCCGCGAUCGUCUCAAUAUCAGGCCCCGCCACCGUCGCAGGGCUGACCUGCCCGUCUGAAUCCGGGUGCAACCGGCCGAGGUUUAAACACUCGACUUUGACUAUCGCGCCGUAUGCCGCCGUCGGGAGCAACGAGAUCACCUAUCGAGAAAGCGAAAACUUUCCCUCGAAUUUGAAGCAAUCGGUCGAAACCGGCAUCGAUAUGGCGCAAAAACUACUCGGGAAAGUGAGCGGCGUGAGCGUGUUUUUGUACGAGUCGCAAAGUUCUACCGCGCAAGACGCGUCGGCGUAUACGGAUAUUGAUUCGGCGUGGUGCGAAGCCACGCGCUCGGAGAUUACGGGCUAUUGUUCCAACGAUUCAACGAACAGAGAGAAGGCGAUGGAAGGCGAAAACAACGUGUACGCGUCGCACCGAGACGCGUGUCAAUCAGACUGCGGGAAAGGUGCGGUAGGUGCGGUGCCAAUGGUGAUCACUAGUGGAUUUGCAAACAAAGAGGAUGGAACGUAUUACGACGACGUCGAGAACCAAAUGACUACUUUUGCGAUACACGAGUACACGCACGCGUUUCAAAUGCACUGGGGCAAGCACAUUCCGACCUGGUUGAUGGAAGGUGGCGCGGUUUUUUUGGAAGCUGUUUUCUCGAACGAUAAUUCGAGAGCUCCGAGAGAAACGUUUUCCGGGUAUUUCAAUUCGCACAUAUUGAAGAAAGUACGUGAUAUAUAUUCCGACCAAACGAACUUCGCAAACUGGUUGACGAAGUUCGGCUCAGAUAGAAAGUGCGGCGACUCCGAUCCGCACCCGCCUCCAAACAUAAUGCCAAACGAAGACGUUGGAGCUGCUGGUUAUUACAACGUCGGCGCGCUAGCCGUCGCGUUUGCUAUUAACAAAGCGAACGCGAACUACACGGCGAACGGUGGUCGCACUUUCAUCGAUUUUUGGACAAGCACGGUUGCGAGGAAAGGAUUUUGGCACAGCAUCGACGUUGUCGACAACGACUAUGUUUUCGACGACAUGGUGCACUGGCCGAGCGAAGUCCCUGAAGGAAAAGGUUGGAAGAAAGCUCUGUGCGACUUCACCGGCUACGCAACCGUCGAAGCGUUUUACGCCGACUUUGAAGAGUUCGUCGCGCCAAACGGCGAGGUGAAAUCCGCGAUUGACUUGGCCGCUAUCCUCGAAAGCGACGACAGCGUCGACUCCUUACGAUCCGAGUUUAUAAACGCAGCAGCGACGACGUCGCCCAACGCGUGCGAAGCCGCCCCCCCCCCACCCCCGGGACUCUUGAGCGUGGGUAGCGCCGCUACUUUUCUUCCUCUGAAUACCGUGUUCUCUUUACUUCUUUUAUUCCUCGGAGGUUUCCUCGUUUUUUGA